UUGUGGAGACAGUUAAUGCGGCCCCUCGUGACACUGCUUAUCCCACAUCGUAUCACCCGCCUCCCCAAGUUAUGGCUGACGCAAAUCCGGGCAAUAUGGCAAUUGUUCCCAUGUCCGACGUAAUGCGAGCAAUUCCACAGAAUCCCGUGCUCCCCAUGCUACCUCCCGCUCCGGCCCAGCCCAUGGUUCGUGUUCGUGCACUGUACACUUACGACGGUCAACACCCGGAUGAUCUGGCAUUCCAGAAGGGUGACACCAUGUUUGUGCUAUCAGACCUUUCGGUGGAAUGGUGGUUUGCAAAACAUCAGCGCACCGGUGAAUCGGGAUAUGUUCCGAGCAAUUAUGUAUUGAUAGACGAUGGUCUUCCGACCAGUCUGGAUGCCUGGUAUGAUAUUGGGCGACAGGCUCAGAACUUCGCGCUGUCCGUUAGGCAUUACGAUCAAGACAAAAACAUGUGGGUUGUGAAACACUAUCGUAUUCGCAUAUUAGACGACAAUGCCGGUUACUACAUCAGCAAUCGGAUCAACUUCCAGAACAUCCAGGACUUGAUUGACUAUUACUCUCGUGAGUCCUUCUGUGAUCCUGAUAUCUCGGUUUUCCAAGGCGUGUUCUGUUCGUAA